AGAGCUACCUGCUAAUUAAGCUAAGUUGUUCUUUUCAUUUUAAUUCACUGCUACAAUCUCAAAUAUAUAUAUAGAGAGAGCAAUUGAGAUGGAGGGUUUAGCACCUGGGAUUCGUUUUUAUCCUACAGAAGAAGAACUGGUCUCGUUUUAUCUUCAUCAUAAGCUAGAAGGGGAGAGAGACGAUCUGAAUCGGCUCAUGGAUCGUGUCAUACCCGUCCUUGAUAUAUAUGAGUACAGUCCAUGGCAACUUCCACAAUAUGCAGGAGAGUUCUCCCAUGGAGAUCCUGAACAGUGGUUUUUCUUUAUAAAAAGACAAGAAAAUGAGGCUCGUGGAGGGAGGCCAAGGCGACUUACGACUGCCGGAUACUGGAAAGCUACUGGUUCUCCUGGUUAUGUUUACUCUUCCAACAAUCGAUGCAUCGGCGUGAAAAGAACCAUGGUUUUCUACACCGGCAGGGCCCCACUUGGACGAAAAACUGAAUGGAAAAUGAACGAAUACAAAACAAUAGAAGGUGAAGCGUUCUCUUCAACUGGUGCAAAUCCAACGCUAAGGCAUGAGUUCAGUUUGUGUCGGGUUUACAAGAAAUCAAAACGCUUAAGAUCAUUUGAUAGACGACCAAUUGGAGCGGAGAUAGGCCGGAGAAGUGCUCAUCAGAAAAUUCAGAGUGAUGAGGGGGCAAAAGCUAGAAUCCAUCAAAACCCUGAAAUGGUAGAGAGAAGAAGCUCACCUGCGAGUUCAUCCUCAGGAGACCAUGGCUGCUGUUUCAAUCAAACUGGUGAAGGAAGUAGCAUGCAAAUGGCUGCUUCUCCAGGAGAUGACCCUCUUUGGGAUUUGGACCAAUUGCAUCAUUGGUUUAAUUGUUUGGAGGAUAUGUAGCUCAACCCAUGUUGCACCCAGA